GCCGCGCUGCAGCGGGGACCCCGCCACUCUGACAUCUGCAGGUGGACGGGGCGAGACAGCUGUAGGAUCCUCCCCAGGAGCCAGCAGCAGCCUGGACCCGCUGUCUAUCUCAAUCUGCUCCGUUCCCGCUCCUCCAGAUUCUCUCCAGUCCUCAGUCGAUCCCUUAUACCCCUCUCUGUGCUGGGGUGCCUACAAACCCCUCCACUCCACUCCCCUGCCCGCCCCUCCCCACCUUCUUCGAUUUAUUUGUGUAUUUCUUUCCUUGGCAACCACCAGAUCCCCUCUGUCAAACAGCGCAGGCUCCCUAUAAUUUGAAAUUAAUUUAUUUGACUGCAGCAUCGAGACAGGAAGGCUGCAAAUUUAUUUAAUUCUUUUUACUCCCUUUGCAAAAAGGAAGCGAUGAAAUUUCCAAUUGAGACUCCAAGAAAACAGGUGAACUGGGAUCCUCAAGUGGCUGUUCCCUCACCAGUGCCAGCUUGUGAGCCUGAGCCCAAAACUAACGGGCAUCACCCAUCUCCACAACGCUCCAUUUCCCCUCGAGCCACUGUUGUUGCUGCCAUGAAAGCCCCUUCUCAAGGCCGGCAGAAAGUCAUGAACUGGAGAACAGUGGUGGCCAUCUUUAUUGUGGUGGUAGUUUACCUGGUGGCAGGAGGACUCGUCUUCCGUGCCUUGGAGCAGCCCUUCGAAAGCAGGCAGAAGAACACGAUCGCGUCAGAGAAGGCUGACUUUCUUCGGGAGCACGUCUGUGUAACCGAGCUAGAGCUGGAGACACUGAUUCAGCACGCUGUUGAGGCUGAUAACGCAGGAGUCAGUCCCAUUGGAAAUUCCUCUAACAACAGCAGCCACUGGGACCUUGGAGGUGCCUUUUUCUUUGCUGGAACUGUCAUCACAACUAUAGGAUAUGGGAAGAUGGCCCCAAGCACUGUUGGUGGCAAGGUUUUCUGCAUUUUGUAUGCCCUAUUUGGGAUUCCACUGUUUGGCUUCUUGCUGGCUGGGAUUGGAGACCAACUUGGAACCAUCUUUGGGAAGGGUAUUGCAAGGGUGGAAAAAGUUUUCAGAAAAAAGCAAGUGAGUCAAACAAAGAUCCGGGUGAUCUCCACCAUUGUCUUCAUCCUGGCAGGCUGCAUUGUCUUUGUGACCAUUCCUGCAUUUAUCUUCAAAUACAUCGAGGGAUGGACAGCCUUGGAGUCCAUCUACUUCGUAGUUGUUACUCUGACCACUGUUGGCUUCGGUGACUUUGUAGCAGGAGGAAAUGCUGACAUCAAAUAUAUGGAGUGGUAUAAACCCUUAGUGUGGUUCUGGAUCCUUGUUGGCCUUGCCUACUUUGCUGCCGUCCUGAGUAUGAUUGGAGACUGGUUAAGAGUCCUGUCCAAGAAGACACAAGAAGAGGUUGGAGAAAUAAAAGCUCAUGCAGCAGAGUGGAAAGCAAAUGUGACAGCUGAGUUCAGAGAGACACGGAGGCGGCUCAGCGUGGAGAUCCAUGACAAACUUCAACGGGCAGCCACCAUCCGGAGCAUGGAGCGCAGGCGCCUGGGCCUGGACCAGCGAGCCCACUCCUUAGACAUGCUCUCUCCAGAGAAGCGCUCUGUCUUUGCUACCUUGGAAACAGGACGCUUCAAGGCCUCCUCUCAGGAAAGCAUCAACAACAGGCCUAACAACCUGCGCCUUAAAGGGUCAGAUAAGCUCAACAAGCAUGGGCAGGGGGCAUCCGAGGACAACAUCAUUAACAAGUUUGGAUCAUCUGCCAAGAUGACCAAAAGGAAAAACAAAGACCUCAAAAAGACCAUGCCUGAGGAUAUGCAUAAAAUUUAUGAGACCUUCAGAAACUAUUCCUUGGAUGAAGAAAAAAAGGAAGAGGAGACAGAGAAGGUGUGUAAUUCCAAGAACUCUUCUAGCACUUCAGUCCUGACCAAGUGUAUCCAGCAGCACUCAGACCUGGAAAAUGGAGUGAUUCCCAAUGAAGCCAAAGAAAGGGAGCAUAAAAACAAAGUGUUACUUUAAGACAAAAGUUAAAUGUAGAAGAUGCUUGACUUGAAUGAACAAUGUUGGUGGUUUUAUAUACAUAUAUAUUGAGACACGUGCCUUAUACAGACUCCUUACUCAGUCUGAAUUAUAUAGCAUCGAAGAAUAUUUCACUGUGCCAUAAAGACUCAAGCUUGCUCUGCCAAAACAAAUCAGGAACACAGCACUGCAGAAUGGCAACAGAAAGCUACGCACAUGGAAAUUUCAGCCUGUAUAAGAUUACCAGGGCAAGACACAAAGGAAGGGAUUGAACCAUGGCAGUAUCACCAGAAUGCUCCUACCAUGGUGUGCUAUUAGACAAAGGGCAGCUAUGCAAGAAGAGCCUAUGAAAGGGAUGAAAAACAGUGUAUCUUUGUCAUGGAGUAUGCAUCCAUAAAGCCUUCCCCUGGUGAUUAAAAAGAGGAGAAAUGAGUGGAGAGAACUAGAAACCUUCAGUAAGGCUUAGUUUACGUUUUGGCACGUGAUCCAAGCUAGAUUUUUUUUUUUUCCGUAUUUUUGAGUCAGAUGCAUUACCUUUUCUAAAUGCCAAAAGAAUGUCCAUGGACACCGCCAGCACCUGGGUGCUGGUUUGAAAAUCAACACAGACAUAAGUAAGGAUUGGAUUGCUCUUUUCAUUAAAAAAAAAAAAAAAGAAAAAAAAGAAAAAACUCUGUGGGUAUUUAUCUUAAGCAGUGAAAAAAAAAAGAAAAAAGAAAAGAAACAAAUGGAUUUUUUUUUCUCAUGUAGGAAAAUUCAAUGUAAAGUCACAGCAAGAAAGUGCAUAUGAAGAAAAUACAACAUCUCAUGAUAUUGUUUAAAAGAAGAGAAACAUCAAUUUAAUAUUUGGCUAGAUGUAUAAAACAGUGGGCCAACUUUUUUUCUUUUUUUUUAAUAAUUUCUCAUUCACACUUUCUACCACUGGAACAAACCCCCUUCUAUUUAAUGCUGUAAGACUAUAAGGACAGAAGGGAAGCUAUAGCUUUUGCGUGUCAGCAAACUGCUGUUCUCUAGCUGAAUCUGAAUUUUUAAAAAUAGACAUAAGAGCUUACAUGUGAUUCAAAUGAGGGCUCCCAUAGAAUCUCAGGGCUCUCUGCCCCCUUUUGCUGGGUUUGGUUUAGACAUAAGCUGCUGUCAUAAUCUCAGAAAAAAAAAGAAAUUUAGGAAGAAAAAUAUUGUGGUAAUCUUUUAAGUGCUUGUAGCUUUAAGUGCCAUUAAUGCUAUCAUAUUUUGUAACUUUUUAAACAAGUAUUUGGAAUUAUUUGGUUUAUUUCCUUUCAGGUACUAUCUGUGUUGGACAUUUGAUAUUCCUUUUAUUGCUAAAAAGUAAACAUGAGCUCUCUGCAUUUCUAGAGUAAAGUGAAAUGUAACUUAACUGGGGGCAUUUUUAAAAAAUCUUCUGUGCUGUCUGGGCAUAUGGAUAUAAAAAACAGAAUUGUGUCUAGACUUCACAGAAAAUAUUCAAAGAAGAGGCUGCAAAAUAAUUAACAGGAAUUGCAAAACAUACUAAAUUUUUUAUAGCAUCAUUGGGCUACUGGGUGGGCCAUUACAGAUAGAAGAUUUUGCAUGCUGGAAAUGAGAAACACAUGAUUGUACCAGCAAUGCUUUCUCUAAGCUUUCACAAAACCCUAAAUAUUCUUGCAAUUCGAACUGUAGGCUUUUAUGUAAGGUAAGCAUGGAUGUUGAUUGCAGAGACUCCUGCAAGCUAGUCAAACAUACAGACAUGCACAUGCAGACACGGACUUUUGGAAUUGCAUGCCGAUGUCUACAUGCACAAAAAUGCAUGUGUCAUUCUGUGACAGUUUCUGAGAUUUUAUGCACAAUGAGACAACUCAAAAUCAAACUGGCCACCAGAAUACAUGAUUGCCAUGGCUAUGAAUGGAAGCAUGGCAGUGCGAAUGCAAAUUUUGAGUAUACAUAUUUGCAUAUCUAAUGACUCUGCUGGAUUUCUGGGAGUGAGCCAAAUUCCACUAGUGCAGAGGAGGAAAGAAGUUCUUAGUUUGUUUUGUCUGCUGGUUCACUUCUCUUGAAAUGUCUUAUCAUCAUUUUAAUUUCAUUAUCUGUCUGAAAAUCAAGGAUGGAAAAGCAAUGUUUGAAAAAUUUCAGGUCAUUUGGGAUUGCUCUAACUCAAUAAGAUCCAAGAGAAAUUGAAUUCUGCUUACUUCACCAGUGAAUCAUAUGGUGCAGGGCUGCACUCUGGCUUUACCUUACCAGAGGCAGGGCAGUAAGCCCAGUCCCCGGGGAAGGUUCCACUUGACUCAAGAACUGCCGUGGCUUCUGGAGACUUUUGUGCCAGGCAGCCCUGUGCUUGGCUUCGCAAACAUGCAGAUGGCAGCUUGUGACCAUCCUCAGUCCCAUCCUCCUCAAGCCACAGGCAGACACCAGCAAGGUGCAGGUCUCCUCAAGCACUGGAGUUCUUUAGCCUGCCUGUUACUGCUGAUUUUGGGCAGGCCUUGAGUGCCACAUAUGAACAAAUCUUCUGAAGUCUCAUCCAUGAGCAUCACUAAUUCUGUAGUGCCAGGAUGGAUGAAGCGUAUCUGGAUGUACCACGGCUGUUCAGAUCUGGUGUUUUACUGGCAGGAGGUUAGGAGUGAAAGCUACAAUUUAGGUUUGCGUUUGAAUUCCAGAAAAGGUUCAGAAGUGCUCAGACAUAUGAUUUGGGUCUGAGAAUUAAAGUAAUGCCUUGUUACAUCAUCCUGCGCUUUGCAUCUAUGAAGGAUCUGGCACCCAAAAGCAUCUCACCUGACUCUGAAAGCAUGCAAUACAUUCAGUUUGUGCAAAUAAUUCUCCUUGGUUACCAAAUGCCAAGAUCAACAUCAUGCAUGCAGUGUUCUCUGUUUGUCAGAUGAGUUCUUCUCACAAGAAAUGCUUGCCUGCAAUAGAAAAGUUCUGCACAGUCACACAGACAUCUGUAAGGAUAUGGGAGAUGCAUUUUACGUAUGUGAAAUACAAGGUUUAGUCAUAGCCAGGGGUCUGUCUUGUAGGAAUUGUCUGUGUGAGCAGGGAGUUGAACAGCAGGCAAAUCACAGAAAACAAGUCAACAUGGACAAGUGACUCAGGAGGCAAAAUUUGUUGGGCAAAUUCAGAACUGUUUGCUCUGAUGUAAGAGAAGGACAAUGACAUAUUUGCAUAGUUUUAAUCUUAACUUUCUGUGUUCUCAAUCUGUCCCCUGUCCAGAUUCUAGGUGAUGGUGUGUGUGUCUCAUUCUAGUUUCUGCAUGGCCACGUCAUGCAGGAGCCACUGGCUGACAUUUUACUAGCUGUUUCUUCAGCAUCUCCUGGUUUGGAAUAUAAUAGUUCAGGGACAAAAGGUGAUGCUCAGUAAACUCUCAGCGACAUACUGAGCAGAGCAUUUGAUGACCUUUUAUAUCAAAGCAAAUUGCUCUCUUUCAUUCCUCUCCAUUUCUGUGUCUGUGAAACUUGCUGAGAAAGUUGCCAGGCUACUACAGGAGUAAAUAUUUUCUUCUUGAUGAUUUCCUAUUAAAUACCUCAAUAUACAUAAUUUUUAUUAUAAUAUGGGAAGUGCAAAUGGUGUAUUUCAUAGGGGGCCAGACAGAAACAUCUUGACACCUAAAAUGACAUUUUAAUGAGCUAAAUUGCUUUUCCCCUUUUAAAGGGCACCCCUUGGUUUUAAUUGUCUGCAACAGCUUAAGAGAGAAUCUCAGCUCAAACAUCAUAUGUUUUUAUGGCUAAAAUUCUCAUCCUCUGGCAUUUAGUAAUACCUAUAAAAAACUUGUCAUGUUAUUUCUAGUGAGGCUGCUCCACCAUUACAGAAAGUUUUAGCAAAAGUAGUCUGAACCAUAUCCAAAACUUAUUUCUCUAAAUUAGGCCCUUUCCCAGCAGCCUGAAAAUAUGAAGUCAAACAAAAGGGUGGGUUACUCACUUUAACUCUCAGAUCCUGCCCUGAGCAUAACAUUGACAUGGGAAUUGGGACCUGAAAGAACAAAGGAAACAUGGAUUUUCUGUAGCUGCACCCCUCACACACAGAGGACAGCUCAGCUGCUGUACUCCUACAGCUUUCAGCUCUGCAGUCUGACUUUCCACUGGCUUGUGCAGGAGAAUUCUGCUAUGCCACUUUGGGGAUCCUCCUGAACCAUUAACCAUCAUAACCAUCACUGAAUUCAUGCAGAUACUGUUUUUCAAAAGAUUUGUAAUUUCAUUACCACUUAAUAGGGAACAUUAUUUCUAAUAAAUCCUAGAAAUAAUAGUAAAUAAAAUAAUCCCCCUCAGUGAUUUAUAUUCAUGAAACCUGAUUUUGCUUGUUGCCAUGAAACUGUAAAUCAUCUGAGCUUCUGCUGCCUGUCUUUAUGAUGUCUCUAAUACCAGUGUGUUUCCUCCAAAGCCAUUAAAGGACUAUGCCAGACACUUUCUGUAGAAAUCUCUAACCCAUAACAAGUGAUAUUAUGUCUGAGUUCAGGUUGUUAAAAACCCUGUCCUUAAAAACCCUGCAUUUUUUGGAAGUAUUUGUAUUUAUGCUGUACAUGGGCCGUUUCUUUGCCAGCUUUGGUUUUCUCAGGGGUUUAUUUGUGUUGUCAGGUUGCAUGAUGUCUGCUACUCUCACUUUUCCCAUUGUCCACUAGAAAUAAAUUACAGGCAAAGACCAGGCAUCACGUUAUGUUGUGUACUAACCUAGAGCAGGAAGUGUCCUGCUAAACAGAUACGAAUUUGAAAGGUGACUGGGGACAGCUUCAGUCCUCCCUGUGCAUUUACUUGUCCUGAGCUAUGUUUUGUCUAAUCUAAGGCCAAAAUCUUCCCCUGUAAGUCUGUGCAGUAAAGUGAAGCUAGCUUGUUAUUUUUUAGCUUUUUAUGGCAAAGGCCUGCUGUUUUAACUCAUCUCUGCUGUGCAAUUUAUACUUACUGGAAUGGUGUUAUAUCACUAAACACAAAUGAGCUCAGUUUCAGAAACAGUUCCCUAGGCAUUUAAGUAUCAGUGAAAACACAUGGAAAAUCAACACAAAUCUGUGGAACUCAAAGGCUUGUAGAUUAAUGUAUGAAACUGAUUGGCUGAAAUGCAUCAGCAAAAAAAUGUAGAUUUGAAAAUUCCUUUGAGUUGCUGAAAUUUUCCCAAGGUCCCUAUCUACUCUACCACCAAUAAGUUACUCUCCUUAAUACCACUGCUGAAUUGGAUCAUAUUUUUCCUCCUGCCACUGCAGUUCAUAACGUUGUUAGUCUCUGUUGACUUGUGUUGUUGAAAUCACUGAGGAAGCAGUUGCAAAAGCGAAUUUGGGGUUGUCCUGAUGUAGCCAGUGCAUAGUCUGUGAGCUGGAUCAUGCUGGGAUGGGAAGGUCACUCUAAAGGCAAGUCUUACCCACCACACUGAGUUCUCAGGAACCAGUUGAAGAACGGCCCCAUGCAAACACCUCUCACAUGGCACACAUAACUGGUUCUUGCACACAGAUUUACUGGUGGUGCCUCCUCGCUCCAUGCAGGUAGAUGUGAACUUCUUGUGCUCCCUCAUCUCUGGUUACAAGUCACAUCUGAGCUAAGUCUUAUCACCAGGAAAUAACGGGCCUGCUGCUUUUGGGGAAAAGUGCACAUUGCUAUAGCAUUUAGCCUUUUGAGGCAAAGAGUAUCUGCUUUGCCUUGCUGAUCCUGAGAGCAAAGCAAAGGCAGAUGAUACUUGGCAUGUGAGAGAGAAUACUUCUGUCUCCCAAAUACAUUCUAUCCCCAAAGUCCUUUUUAUUGUGAGAGCUGGGUGCGCUCAAGAGGAAGGCUUAUGGCGCUUUUUUGAGAUGCAAGCCAAACAUACCAGCUUUUACCAUUUAGCAGUUUCUUAGAUCCUGGAAUAAUAUAGUAGCUUUAAUUAGAAAAAAGCAGUCUAGAUUCAUAUCUUCCCAACAAUUUAAAUUUAUUCAGGGCAGUGUAUCAAUGUAGUUUUAGAGUGAUUUUUUUCCAAAUUCUAAUAGAAUUUGAUCUGGACCUUGGACAGUACUGAGAAACCACUAUUAGUCAUUUUCAGCUUUUUGUUUGAAAAAGAAGUUUCUUAAAAUUUGGGGAAACACUUUUUUGGGAUGCUGUUCUACUAUUUUUUCCUGAUCAACUUCAAAUUAUACUAUAAACAAUCAGUAAAACCAGUUGCAAGGAUGUUCUAUCUACUUUCUUGUCUCUGUCCCUCUUUCUUUCUUUCUGUAAGAUUUAAUGGUGCUUUAGAAAGUCAUUCUCAGAAAAAUGACAGUUUCAUAAAUGUCAUUACCAGGGUGCAGAGCAGAAUUUGCUUGUACCAUCUUGAUAAGUUUUGCUGCUAUUGUUGUUAUUUUAUGAUGUAAUGUUUUAAAAGAUUGAAAAAAAAAUUGGAACAAAGACCAUCCAGAUGAAAACACUUUUCCUGUUGUUUUUUUAAAUCUUUCUGUUGUCUAAUCAUCCAGCAAGGGGAUGUAAUUAACCUUCUCUUUUGCAUAUCUCUAGAAAACUGUGCCUUGCUGGUAAUAUCACUUUUGCUGGACCUUUGGGCUUGGUUUUGUCCCUUCUACCUUUUCUCCCUGGUUGAUGAUCCAGAUUCCCAUGUUUCCUGGGUGUGUAAUUUGGGAAGCCAUGGUGCUGGGCUGGUUUCAAAAGAGAGACUUAAAUUUCCAGUCGUCCCUUUACCCAUACUGAGCCAUUUCUGCAUUUAGUGACUAGUCAAUAGGGAAGCAAGAAACAGAACAUUGAGGAGGCUCUGUCUCUCUUUCCAAGUUUCUUUCCAAAGAAAUUAUUUGCUGGGAUGACUGGAAGAAAUUACUGAUGGGGAGAGGAGGUGAAGGUUUUUGACUUUGGGAAGCACAGACAAAGUUGGGGUUGUCUUUUACUGUGAUAUCUUUUGCCUUUUUGCAGCUUUUUGGAUGUUUGUGUAUUGACUGAUUUCUGUGUGAGGCCUCAGAUUCCCUCGCUGUCUUGUUUUUCCUUUAGAUUGGGAAACUGCAGCACAGGCCAGUCCACUCACAGAGGGUGCAUACUCUUGAACUAUGUUCCUUUUUUCAGCAAAUGGGGGUGAUAAAAAAUUACAGUAAGCAUGGUUCAUAGUUCUGCAUAGUGUGUAUAGGGACCCCUCAUGGCUGAACCUUCGCUUGACUUUGAGAGAAAAAAAUAAAGAAAAAAACCUUCUCUGGACGGAGCAAAACAAUCUUCCCCUUUUUUGUGCUAGUUUUUAUAUGCUGUUUAUGCUACUCAGUCCAUACUGAUUCUUGCUACUUGUGUAUUAACUGUGCCAGUCAAGACAUAUUUCUCCAAAGCCCACCUCCAUCUCCAAAAUUAUUUCUCUUUCCUUAUGAUCAUGAGUCUUUUAAUUGGACCUACUUUAGCUACUCUGUAUCACUCAUUUUUCAUGCAAAAAUGGUUGUUUGCAUUUUCUAGUUUAUGCACAUUCUACUUGUUCAAUUGAUUUCCAGGUCCAGACUUCAUCAAGCUACAGCUGUUUGCUCUGACUUUGUGACCUGUUGCAGGGGGUAUACAGAUGGUACUUAAGUUUCUGGAGUCCUCCAGAAAACGGACCUAUUUAGCAAACUGACCCAAGUCAUUGUUCCUAGAAGUGAUUGAGAAAGACAAAGGAAAGAAGAAAAAACCCCAAAAAACCAGCAAAAGCCGAAAGGUGGAUGUAUGUGAAAUUGUGAAUACCUUCUUUUUCUCCAAAACCUAUAUUCAGGAUGCUGGGGGUCCCAUUAAGAUUCUUGCUUAAAAAUUAUUUUCUCAGUACAGUCUGCUGUUUUGCAGAACACCAACUGUUUCGAAACAAAUUGUUAACAUGGUAGAAAACCAAUUAAAGUUGCUCUAGAAACAAUAAAUUACUAUAUAAUAAUACAGUAACAUACUGAAAGUGCGUAGUUUAGGGAGAAAUAUCCCACAGAGAUUUCACAGCACAUUUUUUGGCCUGGCAGUUGUCACUGCUUUCCAGAAAAGCUUUAGAUCAUUUCCAUGGGGGACCCUAGAGACUUUCCCCACUGUAGGAGAUUGCCUCUGGGUCAUCCCUUCCUUUCAUUCUGGCACAAGGUGCUGAUGUUUUUCUUGAUGGAGAACUCUUUUGACAGUGCCAUUUCUGAGGCAGAACAAUGUAAAUGUCAUUACUGAACCCAAUUUAAACAGGAUGGAUGGACACCGUAAGUUUGACUUGAAGCAAUUAGCUAAAUGGACCUGUGCCACUAUUUCCUCCUAAGUACAGUUACCUCUUUGGGAAGAAUAAAGCAGUAAAUUAAGACUGUAUUACAUUCCAGAGCAUGUGGUGACUGUGAAUCUUGGUUGUGCAUAUGAAGAACUUGUUUAAAAUAUCCACUCCAUUACACUGAGCCACAGUGUGCCAAAUAGCUUAAUUGGUGGGGGUCCAAAACUGAUCCUUCUCUCAUUUACAACCAUUAGAAUCACUUUAAAAAGAGAAGAGUGUAAACUGAGCAACACGGUUCUACCUGUCAGCAGAAAUCUGAAUGUUUCUUGAGGUGAACAAUUGACUCCCAUGUGCAACCAAAGUGGAGAAAAAUAGGACUAUUGCAAUUCCUGAGGGGAAAAAAAGCCAAAAACCCACCAUAACAAAACAUAACAGCAACACCCCCCUUCCCCCUAAUCCCAAAUAACAACAACAGUCACAGAGCAAAAGCUUUUCCCUAUGCCACUAUCUCAUUGAAUAUAUCUGGCCUUCUGUGCAUUUCAUGCUUUUGCAGGUGGCAUCAAUGAAAAUUAAGACAUGCAUAGUGCCUUUUGCUCUUGUUAACCUUUCAGAGCUAAUCCAGUGAGGAGAAAGUCAGCUUCCUGUUAAUCCUUUGUAAGCAGUAUGCAAAGAUCUUACAGUUGCAGGUUUAUUGCUUCCCCCUUGCAUGAGUAUCUGGGCAGAAAAAGAGACAGAAAAUUCUACAAAGGACAGAGUUUGGGCCUGCAAAUCUCUUCUUCCUACAAGGGUUUGUGGGAAAGACACACCCAGUGCAUUCCAGAGCACAAGCUGGAAAUGUGAUUGAAAUGAUUGAAAUGAUUGAAAAAGAAACAAAACAGCACAUAAACUGAGGCUGUUUUGCAAAGAGUCAUUAAAUACAGACAGGAACCUCAUGAGAUCAUUUUUAUGAUGUCAUAUUACAGAUUUGGGAGUGACUUUUAAGAUGUCACAGCAGGAAAAACAAGAGCCCUGGCAAUCAUUGUCACAUGUGUUGAAGCCUGUGGAGAGGCUGGAGCCGGGCUAAUUGAUAACUCCUCCACAGUGAAUAGAGCAGCAGGCGUUUGAGGGAUUAAGCACAAACAAAUGAUGACUGUGUGUUUUGUAACAAGGGAAAUAGGUGCUGUCUGAGUAACAGCAAGAUUUCAGCCUUAGGUGCUGAAAGAUACAAGUUGUGCUGUCAGAUUUACACCAAACUGCUUAAUCCUCCAACCAGGGGUGGCUGAAAGACAACAGCCUACUCAGGUAUUUAGUUCAGACUUUAUCCUAGAGCAGGUCCAUCUUGUGGGGAAUUCAUGCUGUGCUGUGAAGCCAAUUAUAUUCUUUUAUUUCCAUUUCUUAUUCUGGUGUAGCUCAAUUUGACAAACUAAACAUAUUUUGUCAAGCUGAAAAAAAGACAAAACCCAACUAAAUACAAAAUAGCAACAAAUACCCCCUUGUAGGCUGCAACUGUCACUUUUUUCCCCUUGGAUUCCUUCAGCAUAGCUGCCUACUGAGAAUGAUUUAUAACGUUUAUCAUGUUGUUUAGAAACAGCAAGUCUUACUGUUUGAAGAAAGGUAUAUGACUGCAUUUCUCAUGAGAAGGAAAAGAGGAGGAAUCUCCCUGAAAUCUGGGCUUGUCUUAAACUAGAAAAUAAAAUUUUUGGUAGCUCAUUCUGCAACUAUGAUUUCCUUUUUAGCAGGAAGUUAUUUUAUAUUUCACCUCCUAACAAGAGCUUUAAAUGAAUAAUUUCAUUUCUGCUUUUGAUUGCUUAAGUUUCCUGCCUUUCUAAGCCUUCACUAAUUAUGAAAAUAGGUGGCUUCCUUUCUGUAGAAUGGACCUCCCUCCCUCAGGCUGAGUACUAAUAAAUUAGCCCUGCCUACUUGCAAUCCUGCAUGAAGCAAUCCCAGCUCGUUAGCUCUUUGGCAGUUACCAAACAAGCCAAUGUAAUGCAACAGCAAAAGAGGUUUGGGCUGUGCUUGGCAAUUUCUCUUGCCCAUCAUUAGUCACACAUCCCUCCCUGGAUUUCUGAUUCCUGCUUGUCUGCUCCUCACUAAUGCCUAUAACAAGGGGCUUGCCUACAGUAAAUUUAAUCUGGGCUCUCUAUAAAGUAGUUGCUGGUGGUUUUUUUGUGUGUAAGGCCAAGCUGUGAAGGCCAGGAAAAUGGAGGUACUUUCUAUAGAAAUCAUAGUGACCACCAUAUUUGUGAUCCUCAGGCUCUUUGUUUUAAGCAAUGGCCAUCUCUGGUGUGGGGAUCUCUGCAUAUUGGUCUAGACAGACAUAUCUCCUAUUAACAUGUAUAAUACACUGCCAUUAAGCAUCCAGAUGAUGGGGAAACCAGUACACUGGGGAUGCUCUCAGGUACUGAAAGAAGUUCCAAAGAAAUAAAGAGAUACAUGUCAAACCUUGUAGCUUAAUAAGAGGAAAUAGUUAAGUCUUUUAAGUCUUUUCCUCUCUGUGUCUCCUGGCAUUACUUAGUUAUUUGAUCAGUUUGUUGGCCAGUGUGUACAAAGAAUGAAAAGAAGACCUACAGGUGCUUAUGGACCUAAAAAAGGGACUUCGUUUAACAGCACUGUGUGGUUUGGAAAGGAAAACUGUCUUGUAGGGAGAAAAUGAAGACUCUUUAGUGGAGGUUUUCCUGUCCAUUAGUGUAGUCAUCAAUAACUUGCCUCACAAUCAAUGUGCAUCUGGAGAGCAGAAAGUCAGAAAGCAUCGGUUGAAAUGUGAACCUGUCAAGCCAUAAAUCCAGAUAUGUCGGGGUCCCUCGGCCGGGCAAAGAUGUGAACGUGUUACUGUGACACAGGUGGGUGUGGGGACACUGCAGUGCCAGCAUUAAAUGAGGGCUGCUGCAGGGUCGGCAGAAGUGGGGUUUCUUCUUCUGUGAUCAGGGCCCUUCUUUGGCAUCUCUUGUCCAUUUAGAGACUGAAAUACUUUGAGUAUUUUAACAACCAUAACAACAAAAUCCUUACGUUUUUGCUUCAUUGUAACAAAAAUUCUGCUGUAUCUUGAUGGGUACUAGGAGUAGUUUUCCAGAGAAGCAAACUCUGCUAAAUAAUAAGAUUUAUUUUAAAAAAAUUAUUUUAGGAAAGUAAAAUAGAAGUAGAUUGGAUUAAGGAAUACUAUGUUUAGAUCAGAUUUGAAAUAGGGAUUUGAUCAAACAUUAGAUGCAAAAUUGCACAAGGCUAGCAAAAUACUAUGACAAACCUGGGCUAAGGACCGACUGGAAAAGAGAUGAAAUCUUGGUAAAACUGGAGCUCAGAGUUACUGGUCUUUCAAUUCAAAGAUAACCUCUGGAAGCCAAAAAAUAAAAAGCCACUUGUGGGUCAAACCAAAUUGAAGUAAUAUCUUUGCAGUGAAAUACAAAAGCAGAAAAAACCCUCCAGUCAAAUUAAAUUGGAAUUAAUUUUAUCUUUUCAAUCUGAAAGCAAAUGUCACAUUUCCAUUUAAAAUGAACUUUUCCCUGAAAGUUAGAGGAGCCAUCUAUUACUUCAAAUGAAAAAAAAAAAAAAAAAGGCUUACAAAGGGGAAAAAAUGCUUUGCCUUUUUUUUUUCUUCCUCCCCCCCCCUUUUUUUUUUCUUUCAGAUGAAUAAUCAACAUAUUAUUCAACUGAAUUUGGUUUGUCAACCCAAAUGAGAAGAGUCAGAUGGUUUAGCCAGCAGGAGGCAUAUAUGGCUCAAGUAGGAGCAGGCUGGUUCUUUCCUGUUGUACACUAAAACUCUGAGCAGCUCUGAAGCCUGCUCUCACCAGUGUGCAUUGAGCACAAUCACUAAAUCCUAGAAAAAACAAGCUCGUGUUUUGGAAACAUAGACUUUUCCCAUUAGGAGUUUAAUGUGAGGAACCAAUUCUCAAUAAAGCAGCCAGUGCUGAGGUUAGGGCAUAUAUGAACUCUUGAUCAUUUAAAUUAUUUUGGUAGCAUAGUAAAUGCUAUCUGUGUAUUAAUUUAAAUUCUAGGCAGAGUAUGUUUUCUUCCUUGAGGUUCUUGUUUCAGCUUCAUAUUUAACAUACUGUGUUGUAUUUUUAAAGUCACAGAAUUUACAUGAAGCACUAAGAAGACAGGAGUAUGUGAAGCGCAGAAAAAAUUGUAGUGUUGUUAGUGAUGUGAUGAUUAAUAUUUACUUACUUUUUUUUCCCCCAUGGAGCACUUCCUUGACAGAUCUCAUGUUCUAGGAAAUAAAAAUUAAUUAUUGUCACAAAUACUUAGGAAAUAUCAUUAUUCCUACUUUAUAGCAUA